AUGUAUGAGCAGCAGGAAACAGAAGCUUUCAGGUGGGUGGAGCCUCUUGUUGUGUCUCAGCAGUUCAGAGCGAAGCUGUUUGACCAGAAUCUUCCUCAGCUGCAGCGACAUCACACGGUGAACCUGCUACCUGUCCUGGUGGAGGCGUUCUCUGAUGCAGGGGGCGGAGUCUGUCGCUUCUACACUCACCUGACAGGUGAGACAGGACCGGCGUUACCCAUGAUGCCUCAGGCCUGCGGAUCGACCAAUCAGAGGCUGCCACUCCACAGCAGCUCACCUGUCGGAGCCCCGCCCCCUGCGCUGGUUGCCAUGGUGAAUGUUUACGUCCUGGUGACGUCGGUGAAGCCGCUGACUUCCUUCCUGCAUGACAUCAGCGUGGUGACGACCAAUCAGGAGCCGCGGGGACGGCCCACUAAGCUCAGGGACUUCCUGCUGCAGCAGCUGGGACCAAACGUUUCCCAUGAUGCUUUGAGGCAGAUAAAGAAGGUGACGGCUGACGUGCUGCACGCCGCCGUGUCGACCAAUCAGAAGCCACCAACUCUCAGCAGGUGUGUGCUGUGCUACCAGCUGCUGACCGUCUCUCUGCUGUUCAGCGGCUCCGUCUCACCUGUCGUCGUCCAGGUGGAGACGGACCUGACGUCUUCUGCUCUGAGGGACGACACGUUUGAUGGACAGAUCACCAAAGACCGGAUCCUGGAGGACACGCUCCACUUCCUGCACCUGUCCCCAGAGACACACCUGUCCCCAGAGGCACACCUGUCCCCUGAGACACACCUGUCCCCAGAGACACACCUGUCCCCAGAGACAGAGACGGAGCAGAGACAGUCUGGAGGCUGCAGACAGACUCUUGGUGUGUGUUUGACAGAAGAAGACUUUCUUCUUCUUCUUCAGUUUCAGCAGCAGAUGAAGACGCCUUCAGCUUUUCAACUGUUGUAUCCCAGCUCCUCCUGCUGCUGCUCCUCCUCCUGCUCCUCCUGCUCCUCCUCCUCCUGCUGCUGCUCCUCCUCCUCCUCCUCUGCUCCCCUCAGCGUCUCAGAUCUUCUGAUCCAGAUCAGCCGUCACUACGAGCUGCAGAGGAACCAGAGCAGCAGAACUGAUGAGACUAAAGAACGGACCAAUCAGAACUCGUCUCUGUCUGAAGGUCCCUGUGUGGACCCCCACCUGAGACAGAUCUACACCGACCCCCCCCUGGCUCUGACUCCGCCCUUCAGCCCCUCGGUGAAGGAGUACCGGGCCGAGGUGACCUUUGACACGGUGACGGUUCGGAUCCGCCCACAGCCCGUCAGCUCAGCCUGCCAGGUCCACCUGGACGAGCACCGGGGCCCCAGGAUGGCGAACUACCCGGUGGGCCUUGGCGACAGCCGGAUCAGCAUCCUGGUGACGGACGGCGGCGAGCCGGAGCCGGUCGUCAUGGCGAUCUAUACGGUGCUGGUGUUCCGUGAGAGCCGACCCAGUCUGCCCAUGUUCGGGGAUCAUGUGACCUGCAGCUUCCUGCAGGACUGUGGUCUGCGGGUCCAGCCCGGGACGUCCUGUGGUCUCCAGCAGGACGUCAUCAGGACUCAGAGUUCACCUCACACCUGCAGCUCAGGACACGAACCAGGUCGGUGGGUGGUUCCGUGUCUCAGCUGUUCUGACAACAGGACUUGUGAUUGGAGGGAGGUUGCCUGGCGACCAGACAACUGUUAUCACCCGUUAGUGGACCGUCCUCAGCUGCAGGACUGUCUGAGGGACAGGAAGGUGCUGUUUAUCGGCGACUCGACGAACCGCGGGAUGAUGUACUUCCUGAUGGAGCGGGUGAACUCGAGUCUGGAGGACUGGGGGAAGGCUCACGACACGCUGGUCUACAGGAACCUGAACGGGGGCCGGACUCUGGUCAGCUACUCGUACUAUCCUCAGUUCUGGUUGGAGAAGAAGCGGCGGCCCACCUUCAGACAGGCUCUGCUGCAGCUGAUCAGCAGGUCACAACCUCUGGUGAACUCUGACCGGACGGUGCUGGUGGUGGGAGGAGUCCAGUGGCUGAACUCGGACCACCUGAGGACGGUCCGAGAGGUGCUGGACAGAGAGUCUCUCAGUAAAGUCCUGGUGGUGGUGAAAUCUUUGGGGAUGGGUUUCCAUCUCCCUGUGGACGGGAUCCGGUCCCUCAGCAUGGAGGAGAUCCAGGGUCUCUCCAGAGAGAACGGGGACAUCAUCAGCACAGCGAGGCGCCACGGGUACGAGGUCAUCGACACGUUCAGCAUCACGAUGGGCCGAUACAAAGAGUUCCUGCAGGGCCGCUGUGCCUGCCACUUCCACGAGGUGGAGAAGUUUUGGUCCUCCAGGCUCUCAGACAACACGACCUCCCCGACCAACAGAACCACAUCCACCAGAAACGGACCUGAACUCAGCAGACAAUCAGCCGAGCAGGACACUGACCAGGGGGCGUGGCCUAAAGCCUCGUCCUAUCACGUGAGGGGACCAGUGAACCAGGUGUACUCUGAGAUCCUGCUGAGCCGCCUUUGUCCCAAAACAAGAAGCUAAACACCUGAGUUUGGACCCCCAGCUGUGAUUUUAAGACUUUAGUUCUUAUUUUCUGAUUUUCAGCAUAAAAGAAGCUCCUCAAGUCACAAAAAGAGAAACUAAAGCUCCAGAGUUGAAGGUCCAAAGUGAAAACAUACCGCAGAGUUUAUAAUCUUCUUUCUGACUGUUGCCAUGACAGCAGGUUCUCAAUGCACAAGUUAGCUCCAAAUGUUAGCCAGCUAUCUUCAAGGAUGCAUCAGCUGGUUUCUGAUCUGCACUAACUAGUAUCUGAAGAGCCCAGACUAGUUCCAGAUGCACGCCUGCUAGUUAAAGUGAAUACUUACAAGUACCUCUGGCACACCAGCUAUUUUCUACUGCGUACCAACUAGCUUCUGAUGAGUACUAAUUAGUUCAUAAAGGGCUUUAGUAUCUAUAACGCAGCUAGUUUCUGAUGUGUAUAAGCUUGCUGGCUAGUUUCUGAUGCACAAUAAGUAGUUCCUUAUGUGCACUAACUAGUUUCUUAUGCACAAUAACUAGUUUCUUAUGUGCACUAACUAGAUUCUGAUGCACACUAACUAGUUUCUUAUGUGCACUAACUAGAUUCUGAUGUGCACUAACUAGUUUCUUAUGUGCACUAACUAGAUUCUGAUGUGCACUAACUAGUUUCUUAUGCUCACUAACUAGUUUCUUAUGUGCACUAACUAGUUUCUUAUGUACACUAACUAGUUUCUUAUGUGCACUAACUAGAUUCUGAUGUGCACUAACUAGUUUAUUAUGCACACUAACUAGUUUCUUAUGCAUAGUUUCUGAUGCACGCUAACUAGUUUAUUAUGCACACUGACUAGUUUCUUAUGUACACUCACUAGUUUCUGAUGCACACUUACUAGUUUCUUAUGCACACUCACUAGUUUCUGAUGCACACUAACUAGUAUUUGUAGUGGACCAGCUAGUGCCUAAUGUGUACUCACUAGUUUCUGAUGUUUAUCAACUCUGGCCAGUUUUAGUGUACACUAACUAGUGCCUAUAGCUUACAAUUAGUUUCUGGUGUGUACUAGUUAGUUUUAGUGCACUAUAGCUACUUUCUAAUGUGUAUUAACUAGUUGCUGUGUGCAGUAACUAGUAUCUAUAACUUACCAAGUAGUUUACGGUGUGUACUAGCUAGUUUUAGUGCACAUUAACUAGCAUGUAUAGUGAACCAGCCUGUUUUUGAUGCAUACUAAUUCAUUUCUGAUGCAUACGUCUCUGUGAUGUGCACUAUGCAGUCUCUUAUGCACACUAACUAGUUUCUAUAGUGAACCAGCCUGUUUCUGAUGUACACCAGCUAGUGCCUAAUGUUUACUAACUAGUUUCUGAUUCAUAUGAACUCUGGCCAGUUUUAGUGCACACUAAUUACUUUCUUAUGUACACUAACUAGUGAAUAUGUGCAGUAACUAGUAUCUGUAGCUUACCAAGUAGUUUCUGAUGUGUACUAGCUAGUUUAAGUGUGCACUAGUUGCUUUUUAUGCAUACUACCGAGUGCCUCAUGCACUAUAACUAGUAUCUAUAGUGAACCAACCUGUUUCUGAUAUACACCAGCUUGGGCCUAAUGUGUACUUACUAGUUUCUGGUGCACACUAACUAGUUUCUGAUGCAUACUAAGUAGUUUUGAUGCAUACUAACUAGUCUCUGAUGCAUACUAACUAGUUUCUGAUGCAUACUAGCCAGUUUCUGAUGCAUACUAAGUAGUUUCUGAUGCAUACUAAGUAGUUUUGAUGCAUACUAACUAGUUUCUCAUGCACACUAACUAGUUUCUGAUGCAUACUAACUAGUUUCUGAUGCAUACUAACUAGUUUCUGAUGCAUACUAACUAGUUUCUGAUGCAUUCUAAUUAGUUUAUGACGCAUACUUAUUAGUUUCUGAUGCAUACUUACUAGUUUCUGAUGCAUACUAAGUAGUUUUGAUGCAUACUAACUAGUUUCUGAUGCAUACUAACUAGUUUCUGAUGCAUACUUACUAGUUUCUGAUGCAUACUAACUAGUUUCUGAUGCAUACUAAGUAGUUUUGAUGCAUACUAACUAGUUUAUGAUGCAUACUAACUAGUUUCUGAUGCAUACUAACUAGUAUAUGAUGCAUACUAACUAGUUUCUGAUGUAUACUAACUAGUUUCUGAUGCAUACUAACUAGUUUCUGAUGCAUACUAACUAGUAUAUGAUGCAUACUAACUAGUUUCUGAUGUAUACUAACUAGUUUCAAAUGCAUACUAACUAGUUUCUGAUGUAUACUAACUAGUUUCUGAUGCAUACUAACUAGUUUCUGAUGCAUACUAACUAGUUUCUGAUGCAUACUAACUAGUAUAUGAUGCAUACUAACUAGUUUCUGAUGCAUACUAACUAGUUUCUGAUGCAUACUAACUAGUUUCUGUCUGUCUCUGGUGCUCACCAGUUGUCUUUUGGUAACAGUUUUUCUGUCUCUGUGGUCAGAAGAUGUUUAAUAUCUUGUAUUUAAUCUUAAUAUCAGCCUGAAGCCUCGUCCACCAUAUAUUUAUAUUUAUAUUUAUAUACCUCAGUCAUUGUUUAUAUAUCAGAUAAUAUCCAGAAGAACCAAAGACUCCAUAAUAACAAACGUCUUAUAUGAUUCUCUGCUUUAUGUCUCUAUAUUUUUCUACAGAUGUUUAUUGUGCCUUUAAUCUCUAAACAUGUUUACAUGCUGGAAACAAGAAUAUAUUAAUAUUUAUAUGAAUGUUAUGAUUCUCUUCUGCUCUUUUUUUUCAAAUAUGAAAAUGUUUACCAGAAAGCAAAAAGACACAAAUUAUCACAAACAAACACGACUGUGAAGAAAUCUAUUCUUUAUUCCAUGAACAUUAUCUAUAUUUACCACAAAACGCUUUCACAAAUUCACCAUUUUAAUAAAAAAAACUGUGUAAACUGUGUUUUUAUAAUAUAUCACCUGUCAUAUGAUAAAGCUGCAGCAGCAAAUGUG